AUGACCAGCAUCAAGACCAAGUCGCCAACGUCAGUCACUUAUCCUCGGAAUGAUCAUGGCAGCGCAGAAGUUGUGAACCCAAAUCCUGAGGCACCCCUUUCCCAAAAUGAACUAAAGAAUAGUGGUGGUUGCUUUGCCAGGGUGAGUUUAUUUAUGGCAACUAUCAUCCCACCGGGAGGUAUCGCCGCAAGCGCCUUCAACAUUGCCGCUUCAUCUGUUGGUGCCGGUAUCAUUGGCUUGCCUUCUGCCGCCAACAGCAGUGGGCUUGUGAUGGCGAUGAUUUAUCUUAUUAUCAUUACGGCAAUGUCUGUGUUUACAAUGCACAAUCUCGCAGUGGUUGCUGAUAAGACUAAUGUGUACACGUACGAAGGAGUUGCCCGUGUCCUGCUGGGUCGCUGGGGUAAGUACUACGUAGCUGUGGUUCGUGCUUUCCAUGGCUUUAGUGCAUGUGUGGCAUAUGUGAUUUCUGUGGGUGAUAUCCUGAGUGCUACCUUAAAGGGUACCAACGCUCCGGAUUUCCUGAAGCAGAAGUCAGGCAACCGACUGCUUACAAUUGGCAUGUGGUUAUGCUUCAUGCUUCCACUUGUAAUACCUCGGCGCAUUGACUCCCUACGUUAUGUUUCAACGUUCGCCGUCAGUUUCAUGGUGUACCUUGUCAUCGCCAUUGUAGUGCACUCAUGCAUGAAUGGGUUACCGGAAAAUAUCAAGAACGUCAGUGUGGGAAAGGAUGACAAUGCUGAGAUUAUAUUGUUUAACAGUGGGAACAGAGCCAUCGAAGGUCUUGGGGUGAUAAUGUUCGCAUAUGUGUGCCAAGUUGUCGCACUUGAAGUUUAUGAGAACAUGACAAACCGGUCCGUGGGAAGGUUCGUAAUUGCAUCUGCAAUUGCAUUGGGUAUCUGCUUCACAUUGUACGUAAUGACAUCCUUUUUUGGUUACAUGGACUUUGGUCGUGCUGUUACUGGCUCUGUGCUUCUGAUGUAUGACCCAGUGAAUGAACCUGCAAUUAUGGUCGGUUUCGUUGGUGUGCUCGUCAAGCUAUGCGUAUCAUACGCUAUUCUCGCUAUGGCUUGCCGCAAUGCACUGUAUGAUGUCGUGGGAUGGGAUGCCGACAAGGUUGCCUUCUGGAAGCAUUGCAUUGCCGUUGUUACUCUCUCUGUCGUCAUGUUGUUGUGUGGCUUAUUCAUCCCAAAGAUCAACACAGUUCUUGGGUUCGCUGGUUCCAUCUCUGGUGGAUCGCUGGGUUUCAUUCUUCCUUCCUUAUUGGUGAUGUAUUCCGGUGGCUUUACGUGGCAGAAGGUGGGUCCGUUUUAUUAUCUUACUACAUACGCUGUAUUACUUACAGGUGUUAUUGCCAUUGUAUUUGGCACGGGGUGCGCUAUCUGGGGAACUUUCACUGGUUAG